UUCCCUCCUCCUAUUUUAUUUUUCUUUUUAAUUAUUACUUAUGAAACAUUCUGAUGUAUAUAGCAAAGGCUUAAAUAACCCAAAGUCAGUACCACUGAAAACUUUCUUUUGAAUUUCCGUUUUGUUUUUUGUGGUUUGGUAAUUACAGAUUAUUAAUGGGUAUCCGAAGAAGAAGAAGUAAAGCUGUUGACGUGUCUUCUUUCUUGCUCUUCGAGGCCACCGGCGAUUCGGAAUCCGGUUGUAGUUCCGAUCCAGCCAUGGUUGAUAUCAGUCACGAUGAUGAUGGUGAUGAUGAUGAUGAUGGUGAUGCAGAGUCAUGUAGCUGUGAUACUGCACCUGAUGUUGUUCAUGGUGUUAGAGAGAUUGGUGGUAGCUUAAAAAACAAAUUUGCAAAUGUUGUUGAAGGUGUCGAUGAUGAAGAUGACGACGACGACGACGAUGGGGUGGUGGAGCAAAAGGAGGUUCAAUUGUAUAAAAAAGGUUGCAGGGAUGAUGAACGUAUUGAAGGAGUUGGUGUGGGGAAAGAAAAGAAAUCCUCUUCAUCAGCUGAAAACUCAAGCGAAACCAUGAAUGAGAUGGAAAAGAACAGGCUUUUUUGGGAAACUUGUUUGGCUUCCUAGAAAAUCUGGGUUUUCUUCCUGUUUUUUCGUUCUUAUUUUUUGUUCUUGCUAGCUAAACAAGCUUUCAUCAGUCGUCUUUUUCUUUUGGUUACAUAUCACCGUAUUUUUUAGUUCUUUUUUAAAAAUUGAAAUGAAUGGUAAUUGUAAAUAUAAGGAAAAGAAAAUCAAAUGAAUCAAUAGAUGUUUAUUUCUUUUAUAAAUUUAUUUUUGCAGUUAAUAAUGUUUGCUGCAAAUCUGCAAUGGAGAGCUGGAGCAGCCAGGCAAUGAAUAUUUCUGGCAUUU